AUUUUAGAUGGCAACACAUAAUUUCCGGACAGGGACGAACACAGGAGGCAGAAAUGGAGUUUUUUGUAGAGUGAGUAGAAUAGUAUGAGAAAAGAGUUAUAAAAUAUGACGUCAGAGGGGCUCACGACAAGAAAGGAGGACAAUGACGGAUCUUGUGCGAUUUGUACGGAAUUAUAUCUGGACCCGCGCCUCUUACCGUGUCGACACACCUUCUGUUUGGGUUGUCUGGAGAGAUGGCAUGCCUCGAGUCACCAAAGACAUUAUUUUUCCUGUCCGAUAUGUCGGGAGAAGGUUUGGUUACCAUUUCUCGGAGUGCAGGGAUUCAGAUCGAACUACUUCGUUCCCAGUCAGGGGGGGAAGUCCUGUAGUUUGUGUAGGACACCAAAUGGUGAUGUCUGUCGUUGUAAUUCAUGUGAUAAAUUUCUAUGUCAUAAAUGCAGAGCAACACAUGGAUCAAAUAAAACAUCUAAGGACUGCUCUCCUUGCUGUGAGCAAGAGGACGAAAUCGUAGCAGAGGAGGACACAGCAUUACGAGUAACCAUCAGCGCGCUGAGACCGGUCACAAGGUCUUGCUGCUAUGCCGAGCUCAUUGGUGGGUUUCAAUGUUCAGCGGGGGUAAGUGACAUGAGAAUCAAUAAGAUAGUCCCUGUGUCGGCGACCGAGGCAUGGAUUUUGUUCGAUAACGGCCCCGCUGUUCACAAAUACAAUAUGAGCGGAAUGCUGACUGAUGUUAGGUGUGCAGAAGGUAAGGUUAUAGACAUAUGCAUUCACCCGGAUGGACCAUUACUCUUCAUACAGGAAUAUUCCAAUUCGAUAUCAGUCUGUGGAGACGAAAACACCACGCCUAUAGAAUACCUAAACGUUGGAGAUUAUCUUCCAACGUCUUUCCUGGUCCGAGAUGAAGGCUCAAUUAUCGUUGCUGCUAAACCAUUAGACGAGUCAUUGUUAAAUGUUUGUUACUUAAUUGUAUUCAACCAAGAAAGGAACGUGAUAGGCAUGCAAACCCUUCGUGGUGAGUUCGCGCGGAUUAGUAGUGUGGCAUUGGACGUUUAUAGUAAUAGAGUGUGUUCAGCCGACAUGGACUGCAGGGUAGUCCACGUGCUUCCAAAGAAAAAAGUGUUAACAUAUAGGCGUUCUCCAGCUUUUCCUAUCAGAAGUGGUUCGAAUAGACCAAUUACAACACGGUUCUCUCCUAGAGCAGUUUGUUCUGGAUUGCAAGGCGCCUUUCUGGUUUUAGAUGGCGGGUCAGGAUAUAUUCAUGUGUUGGACACGUUCGCUUGCCUUACAAGUGUUGUUGUAAUGGACGACCAGGAACACAUUGGUUCACCCAAUACUAUCGCGAUGGGUCGGAACGACCGACUCUGGGUGGGGGAUGGCAGUGACGGUAUGGUGAAAGUGUACAGUGUAAAUGCUUUCAUCAACCACCUCGAACCUGGAACUAUGGAACAUGGUUUUACGCGCAGUAAUACUAGCGGUAUCCACGAACACGUUCUGUCAGAUCAUUCAACACAUCCACAAGAACAUAUACCAUUGCCUGGUAUUAAUGAUAACCCGAAGUAUAUAUCAAAAGACACGCUAGAGGCAUUGACUGGCGGUGUACUAAAGGAUUAUCCUCCGAUAAAAGUUUUUGGUGGUACCAAUGGAAUUGAAAUCGUCCUUGGAGACACGGGCAGCCCAGAGGGAAAUAUUCGUGAACGGGAACGUGUACUGCGCAUGCUUCGCGAGAACGAGCUCCUCAGGAAGCAGGUAGAACUAGUUGGUUCCAGUGCAGAUAUUUUAGGACCUGCUAACGUUACAUUUAAAAGUGCCUCUGACAUCCCGGCACAGCAGAAUCACCCAAAUCCUCACCUGUUUGGAGUAUUUUCAUCAGUGCCAAAUCCUGCUGGAAACUUUCCCCAGCAAUACGGUCAUGGCGGACGUAGUUUCCUAACUGGAAAUAGGGAUUAUGAUUUGCGUCAUCUGGAAAACUUUCUAAAGACGAAUCCGGCAGUACGGGAAGACAUGGAAAGAAAGGGAAUCACACCUGGAAUGGUUGUAGAUUUUCCAAGCUUCUUAGAUGGAAAGUUAUUUUAAUGUGAUCAUGUCACGCGCACGCUUUUACUGUGUAAUUUGAAUCUUUAACUGGAAUUCGUAUUUGAUUUCGAUCUACAGUGAUUUAGUCACCGUUUUUUGCCGUUCGCCUUCUUAAAAAACAAAGGAUGGAUUUUAACCAAAUUUUGCCAUCAGGAAUAAAAAAUCACAUGUUCAAAAUUUAGAUUCUUCAGAUUUGAAAAUAUCAUGGCAAAAUGCUAUUGGAUGUUGAUACCUCGUUGGGUACUGAAUACCUGGAGUCCAUGCAAGGUCACUGGGGUCUCCUGUAUGUGCCAAAAGUGGAGUCAAAAUUUAUUUCGAGUUGUGUAAAUGGGUUCAUAUUGGAUUUGGUGAUGGUAAAUAAGGGUCUGGCGCGUUUCAAGACUAUAUGUCUCAAAAAUAUAGCCCUUAACAUUCAAUAUUCAUGAUUAAUUUAGAUUUUUUUUUUUUUUUCUUACUUUCAUUUUUUUUUUCAUUUCUGAGAAAAUCCACAGCUAAAUGUCUAAUUGUGUAUGUCUCAUGAGGUCCGCCGAGGUUUAUUUGUUUUCUUAUAAGCUUCUUAUGACUCAUUUUGUAUGAGAAAUGAACAUUGUUAUCAACUAUUUUUUAAUGAAUUUUUAGAAAUGCAAUGUUACAGAUUUUCUUAAAACAUUGAUUGUCAGAAGGUCGUUAAAACCCAUGGAGUUAUAAUAUUGGUGUUGACAUCAUGUAGCACCACCCCACUGUCAUCUACCUAUGUUUAGAGCUAAAUAUUUUACUGUUACAGCUGUUAUGCACAUUUAAGAAUAAUAUCACAUGCUCUUUGUGUAGAUAUGAGGUUUUAUCUAUGAGUUGUAAAGUCACAUACUGCAGAAUUGUUUAAUUCCACAAGGCUGAUAUUUGGCGGUUAUCCCGGUACUAAAUCUAGGACAUUUUCGGACAACCAGAAAACAAUUAUAAACAUGUAUAUGUUUAUACAUUGUACGUGUAUUAAUAUUCGCUUGGUAAUUCUUUUCGUGUUAUAUUAAACGUACUGAAAUUAAAUCUCGCAAAUAUUGCCAGCUAUUUAUCAUACAACUGGACAACGAUAAUGUUUCUGGUCAAUGUUUUGCGAUACAAUCACUUUAUUUGUUUAUGUGGACCUUAUGAAUGACGUCAUAUUAUGAAUGAUUUUCUAAAGAUGUCAUGGAUUCGACAGUGAAUUUGUAAUAUGAAUAAAAUUUAUAUCUAUAAGAA